CAAAGAAAGAGAAGAAGCCCUAUCCGGCUAUCCCUCUACUCUACACAAUAAAAACCCAAUUAGGGUUUUUUCAUCUUCUUCUUCUUUGAAGGCGGAGCUUGGCGAUUUGCAGCACCAGUUUUUGCACGCAUUUGCCACCAAGAAAUCGGAGGGAAUUGCAAGAAUGGCGGAAGUUGCUCCUAUUGUUGUUGAAGAUGGAAAGAGUCGCAGCGAAGUUUUGCUCUUCAACCGAUGGACCUACGACGAUGUUCAGGUUCCUGAUCUCUCUGUGGAAGAUUACAUCACUGCGACUGCUUCCAAACACCCAAUUUACAUGCCACACACAGCAGGAAGGUAUCAAGCUCGAAGAUUCAGGAAGGCCCAGUGCCCCAUUGUUGAACGAUUAACCAACUCCCUCAUGAUGCACGGAAGAAACAACGGAAAGAAAUUAAUGGCUGUUCGCAUUGUCAAACAUGCCAUGGAGAUCAUUCAUCUCUUAACCGAUGCUAAUCCCAUCCAAAUCAUUGUUGAUGCUGUUAUCAACAGUGGGCCAAGAGAAGAUGCAACCAGGAUUGGUUCAGCUGGUGUUGUGAGGCGGCAGGCGGUGGAUAUUUCUCCCCUGAGACGUGUGAAUCAGGCUAUCUAUCUGCUUACUACUGGUGCUAGAGAAAGUGCUUUCAGAAAUGUCAAGACUAUUGCAGAGUGUCUUGCUGAUGAGCUUAUCAAUGCUGCAAAGGGCUCAUCAAACAGCUAUGCUAUUAAGAAGAAGGAUGAGAUUGAGAGGGUUGCAAAGGCCAAUCGUUGAAGAAGCAUUGUGUGCUUGUUUUUUUUGGUAGAGUUAUGUUUUUGAUGUCAUGAAAACAGUUUAUUUUGAAAUGUUUAUGUUUUAAAUAGAUUCUGUUUUGUUUGAUUGGAAAUUUUGAACCACAUAUGGUGUUUUGAUUCAAUAUGCUUGUUUGAUUUUUUUA